AUGCAGACCGAUCUCCGCCGUGGGAGCAGUGGGAACCAGCAGUCGUCGCCCACCGCGGACGGCAAUCGGCCAGACGCUCAGAACAACAACAGCGGCGACGAAGGGCAACCACUGAGCGAUUCCGACAACGACCUCGACGACCAGGUUGAUUUGGUUCGGAAUGGAAAGCGGAAGAGGCCAAUCUCAGUUUCGUGCGAGCUGUGCAAGCAGAGAAAAGUAAAAUGUGACCGUGGACAACCAUCAUGCGGGUGGUGCAGCCGUAACGGCGCCACAUGCGAGUACAAGGAACGCAAGAAGCCUGGUCUUCGUGCAGGAUAUGGACGGGAACUUGAGCAACGGCUGGACAAGCUCGAGGCGAUACUGCGAUCACACCAAGAGAUACUCCAAACUUCUAUGGAAGGUGGUGGCAGUCAUCUCCCACCAGGUCUCCAUCACCCCAAAGCACCCUCCAGCGUUCGAGGCAGCAUCCACAGCUUGCCCAGUGACCAUGGCACACCAAGGGAUACGCAGCCCCCUCCAUUCACUAGGACCGACAGUUCUAUACGGACUCCUCAGGCCGAAACCGCUCUCUUCCUGCAAAAGCCGUCCUCGUACCCACCGGCACCAUCCGCACAGCACCACUCACAGUCAAUGGAAUUUGGAUUUCAUCCACCAACACCAAGCAUGCGCGAUGGGUUUCAAUCCCAGAUUGGCCCUCCGGCUGGUAUAUCCCCUACCAAUUCACACGGCCACAUUCGUGGCACGAAUACAAUGCCAAGCGCAGCAUACGACUAUUACAACCCAACAAGUACAGCUUCAACAACAAGCAGUCAUGCUCAUCAUCAGUCGCCAUCGGCAAUGACGCAGAACCAGGCACAGAUAACAUCCGACCACGAGCUACCUCCAUAUGAUCUAUUGUACGCUCUCGUCGACCUCUACUUCAAACACAUCAACACCUGGUGCCCGAUACUACAUCGGAAAAUGACGCUUGCUGCGCUAUUUGACUCCCCAGUCCCCGAGGAGACGGACAAGAUACUCCUGCAUGCCAUCGUGGCUACAACACUCAGGUACUCAUCCGACGCCCGGUUGACCGAAGAGAGCCGGCGAAGAUACCACGAUGUGUCCAAGAAGAGGGUCUUGUUGUAUGGCAUGGAAAACUCGUCGGUCAAGGCCUUGCAGGCUCUCGUCAUACUCGCCUUGGACCUGUGUGGCGCCGGCAAUGGGCCUCCGGGCUGGAACAUAAUGGCGCUGAUCACACGCUCAGUUGUCCAGCUGGGGCUGUCGGUGGAAAGCAACUCAUUCUCCGUCUCGCCAAACUUUACAUCCAUCUACACUUUGCGGGCUAUGAUACUGCCGGAGCCGAGGGAUUUCAUAGAAGAAGAAUCUAGGCGGAGGCUUUUCUGGAUGGUGUAUCUCCUCGACCGGUACGCAACCAUCUCGACGGCUUUUGACUUUGCGCUCGACGACAAGGAGAUCGACCGGACGCUUCCAUGUCGCGAUGAUCUCUGGACCAAGAACCAAAAGGUCGAAACGAAAAGAUUCCGUUCCAAGGGUACAAAUCCACAACACGAAGAAUCGACAACUCACGACUACGAGAUCAACAAGCCCGAGAACCUCGGGGCUUUCAGCUAUUACAUUGAGAUUGUGACGAUCCUUUCCCAGAUCCACAAGUUUCUCAAGCAACCCGUUGACAUUUCGGCGCUCGGUGACGUCGAGCAGUGGCAGAUGCGAUACAAGGAGUUGGACAAUACCUUGACCAACUGGAAGUUCAAUCUGCCCGGUGAGUACUGCAGCAUGGCCAAGCUGUUCCAGCCCGGAAGCGCCAAAACGCUCAACUGCGGCUGGGUCAUGCUGCACGCCACCUACCACACGGCAACAAUCAGGCUACACUCGUCUGCGGCAUACCCAACCACAAGAUCGCCGAUUUUCACGCCGUCAUACUCGGCAUCGCAGCGUUGCCACUCUGCCGUGGAGAACAUAGCAGCGCUGGGCGAGUUUGUGUUGACCAACAACCUCCUGCCCAAGCUGGGUCCGCCGUUCGCCUUCACACUGUGGGUAGCCGCUCGGGUCCUGCUGGUCCACGGCUCCACGGUCGAACACAAAGUCAGCCCACAGAUUGGCUUCUUUGUCGAUGCCCUGAAGGAGAUGGGCAGGUACUGGCCGGUGGCCAGGCGUUACUGCGAUCUGCUGCAGAGGGUGCUGGAUGAGUAUCACGACAGCGCGAGGCACGGAGACGUGGGCUUCACGCCGAGCAGCGUCAAGAUCCUGGCCGACAUGCGCAGGACCGCGUUCGAUCUCGACUUUUUGAUCAGCAGACAGCCCCGCCACCAAGCAGCAGCAGCUGGCGGCAGUGGUGGCGCAUCGACGCUCGUGACCCCAUCCGGGGUAGCGUCGACGGCUCAAGGCUUUGGCAGCAGAUACCCCAGCGUCACGCCCGCGCGGACUCCGCAGCCCAACGAGCUCGAGUACCUCGACGUGUUUGACUUUUUCAACUAUCCGAGGUUGCCGCCCGGUGCGGCGGGAGAUGGCAAUGCGAAUGGAAGCGCAAACGGAAACGGAAACGGAAACGGAAACGGAAACGGAAACGGAAACGGAAACGGAAGCGGAAACGGUAAUGGUGAGGGAGGUGGCGAGGGCGCCGUGGAGGGCGCGGCCGCUGUGCCGAGCAACGAGUUCAACAUUACGGAUUUCAUAAUGGACGUCAACCGGGAUUGGCUGUUCAAGCAGGAAGGGACUGGGAAUUUUGUCAGUUGA